AUGGCCCCUUCUCAAUCAGCAAUGACAUCAGUAAUUAAUUUCGGGGAUUACGUAGAUGAUACUGCAGAUUCCCUUCUUAACGAUGACAUUAAUCCUUGUACAAAUAACUCGAAGAAUUUGUCAACAAAGAGAUUAAGGAUUCAACAUUCGGAAUUGAAUGAAUUUCAACCAGGAGCUGUCGUAAAACUGAAACUAACAAACUUCGUUACGUAUGCAUUAACAGAGUUCCAUUUGUCACCAUCGUUGAAUAUGAUUAUUGGUCCCAAUGGUUCAGGUAAAUCCACUUUUGUAUGUGCUAUUUGCUUAGGUUUAGCAGGUAAACCUGAGUAUAUCGGAAGAUCCAAGAAAGUAGAAGAAUAUAUUAAAAAUGGGACAGAUGAAGGUGUGAUCGAAAUAACUCUAAAGAACUCAAGUGCUCUUUUACAUUCUGACUUUAACAUGAUCAAUACUGAUGAUGACGUUGUCCAUGUAAAAAGAGUUUUGAGUAUGGAAAAGAAGAAAUCCAAAUACUACAUUAACAACAAGGUGGUAACAGAGGAAGUUGUAAAAAGUAUGGUACGAGUAUUAAAUAUCCAGCUUGAUAACCUUUGUCAAUUCCUUUCACAGGAGCGUGUCGAAGAGUUUGCUAGGUUGAAACCUGAUACGCUACUAAAUGAAACAAUUCGAUCGAUAGAAGCAGGACUUCUCGAGAAACUUUCUGAACUGAAAUCAUUACAAGCUGAAGGAAAUGAACUACAAAUCGAUUUGGGGGCCAAAGAAAACAAAUUGAAAGAAUUGACUUCUUCAAGGGCAGCUCUUGAAAGCCAGGCUCAUGCGCUCGAACUCUAUGAAGAGAAGGCACGUGAAUUAGAUAUUCAUCAGAAGUUACUAAACUACACGUACCUUAAAGAACAUAAGGAGAAAAUCCGUGGUCUCAAGGAUAAACGUAAUGCUUUGAGGAAUGAAGUGAAGACGAUGGAAAAUGAAUCGAAGCCAUUUAAUUUAUUGGGAGUUCGAUUGACUGCAGACGAAAAUAAUUGUAAAAGUGACAUAGAUGAUUUGAGUAGAAGGCGAUAUUCCGCUAAAACGAGUUUCAACAGUAGCACAGAAAACAUUCAAAAAACCUCCAAAUAUUUGUCGGAAUGCGAAUCUAAAGUGAAUUUCCUUACAACCAGAAAUAAGUCUUUGAAGGAGGAUAUAAAGGUAAACGAAGAGAAGAUUAAAGCACUGGAAGAAGAGAGAAACAAAGUUGUUUUACCAGAUCCAGAAAAGAUUCAUGAAGUAGACGAGAAUUUGAGUACUGCUUCUGCGAAAAGAUUAAAGUUAAACGAUGACAUAGCAGAUUUGAAGGAGAAAAAAGCUAAAAUACUAUUCAUUAGGCAAGCAAAAGAAGCGGACAUGCGGAAGAAGCAAAACGACCUUUCAAGCAACGACAAUCUCAACAUACUCGAUGGAUUACAAAAAAAAAAUAAUAGCACCGUUUUCUCAAAACUAAAGAAUGCCAUUCUCUAUUUACGAUCUGUGAAGGAUGCUAAAGGGAGGGUAUUUGAACCAGCUUUGCUAUCGGUAUCAGCCGUGGACGAAACAUUCGCAGCUUAUUUACAAUCUUGCAUUGACUUUCACACUAGCACUGCUCUUACCAUGAUAGAUAAACAUGCUUAUGCGAAGUUUAGUGAUUACCUUGUUGAGAAGUUCAACGUGAAUAUAAGAGAGCUAUCUGAUCAGCCUGUAAAACCAAGAAUGACAAGAGAAGAACUACGAGGAUUUGGAUUCGAAGGAUAUUUAGUCGAUUUCAUCAAAGGAGAUGAAAAUGUCAUAAAAAUGCUCUGUCAGCAACAAAAAAUCCACAUGAUACCCGUUACCAGACGACCUCUUGGCAAAAGUCAUUUAGAAGCAUUGAAAAAAGUUGACAGAAACGGAAGGAUUCUUUUCCCAAAAUUCAUAGAAGGCUCUUACAUCCAUAAUAUAAAUCAGUCUGAGUACGGUAGAAAGCAAAUUUAUUCUAAAUCUGUUCGUAUCAAAAUGCAUGCUGAUUUCUACAAAGCAUCUUCAAUGGGGCGUUCCGAUAUUGAUGCCAUCAAUUUAUCAAUUAAGAAAUUGCAUGAGGAGGUAGUCAAGCUUGAUGAAAAUCUAAAAAGUUUGUCCACUGACAUAGCUAAGAAAGAAAAAGAGAUAGUAGAAUCACGCCACGUAACAGAUCAUUUGAAAACUCAGCGCUAUGAGCUUGGGAAAAGUUCUCGACUCUUGCAGCAAUAUGAUGUCAAGAUCAGUAGAUAUCGCCAGAAAGUCAACGACAACAAUGAAAAGCUAAGAGUAGAUAUAAGAGACAGCAUAAAAGAAGCCAGUAACAAGUUACAAGAGGCACGCGAGAGCGAGAGGAAAGCUUUACUUCGUUUACACCCCAUAACCAUACAGAUGCAAGAAUUUGAUAUCGAGAUGGCGACAAAGAAUAUGUAUCUCCUGGAAUUACGUACGAAAAUUGAUUCCAUAUCACAGGUGUGCAGGUCUAUGGAAGAAGCGCGCAAUUUGAAAAAAGAAGAGUUCAUCGAUGUUUCUGAGCAAUACAAAAGUAUCAAAAACACAGAUGAGUUUAUAAAGUGCUCGAAUGCAAUCGAGAACUUCCCAGAAGAGGAAAAGGAUGUUCUCAACGAAAUUGCGGUAAAAUAUAAUCAAGAAAAUCAAUUCAGCUCGAUUCAUAUCGAAAGUAUUAUAAAUAGGCUUUCAAGUGAACUCUCUAUGAUCAACAACGACACUUCUGUCAUUGACAUUCUAAAAAAAACCAACGAAGAUAUAUCUAUACUGGAGAAAACUCUUCCUCAUCUACGAGCCAAGCUCGCAUCUAAUGCUCAAACAAUACUUGAAAUAAGAAACUCCCUAGAGCCUAGGUUGGAUGAUAUUGUGAAACAGAUCUCUAAGAAAUUCUCCCAUCUUUUCGCAUAUGUUGGGAGCGCCGGUCAAGUGGAGUUGAAGAAACCUGACUCUUUCAACGAUUGGUGCAUUGAAAUAAAAGUCAAGUUUCGGGAUAACAGUGAACUACAACAGCUUAAUCCUCAUGUACAAUCGGGUGGAGAAAGGGCUGUGUCUACAGUUCUUUACAUGAUUGCAUUACAGCAGUUUACCUCGUCUCCAUUCAGAGUAGUCGACGAGAUUAAUCAAGGUAUGGAUCAAACCAACGAAAGAAUCGUUCACAGAAUUAUGGUAGAAAAUGCCUGUGCUGAGAAUACUUCCCAAUACUUCCUUAUUACACCAAAGCUUUUGACGAAUCUCUUUUAUCAUGAGAGGAUGAGAAUUCAUUGCGUCUUCGCGGGAUCUUGGAUACCAGACCCUGCAACCGAUCCACAAAGAACUCAUUUCGGAGAAACUACGUCAUAUAUUUUAUAA